UACAUAACUGUCAAACAUAUAGAACCAUGCUGCGACUAAAUCACCGGCUUCCAUUGAUUUUACACCGAUUUCGUCAUGCAAAAACGCAUUGGUCCGAGCUGAAGAAGAAACAGUUCCCGAAAGACCGGGCGCUAGAAAACUUUGACGAUUUCUACGGUUCCGUGUUCGGUGCACGAUGGAAAAGCAUACGCAUUGCACUCCAGUGCGAACACAAGUACGUUGCAUUGGUGAACCAGUUCGGCGACACGGAAGAAACAAUCCAGCAGCUCCAAUCGGACGGUGCCAUAAGCUUGCGAGACAUUUAUCUUGCACGAAAGAAGGACUUGGCAGAUGGCGAUGGUACUGAGCAAGCAUUAGUCGACGGUGGUAAAGUGUUCCAGAUGGAGGAACGUGUGGCAGCAUUUCGAGACAAUCAGAAGCAUACGGAAAGGGAACAACUUUAUCGUGCAGAUCCGGCUGCUGCUCCAUCUAACAUCGGAAGUGUUCAACCGCCACCAGCUGGGGAGCAAGAUGUGGUGGAUUACAAAAAAUCGCUCGACAAAAGCCUGAAGGACGAUUCGGAACUUGACUACCAACGGUUGGUCGAUCCAGCAGUAGGAACGGCGGCAGCACUGCACGAAUUUGUCCCAGCGUCGAAGCUGAAAGGCAUGGAAGAUUACGUGUUCGAAUCAGAUCAUUACAAAUACUACAGUAACAGCACGGACUUUCCGCUUAAAAUCGAAAUGGAAGAAUCGUUCACCAUUCCCGAACAGUUGCAUCUUUAUACAUACGAACGGGGCAACGUUUCAACCUUCCGAAGUCCUCGUAGAUGCACCACCGGAGUGUUAUCGCAUUUUCUCUUCGAUGGUGCAUCGUGUUUACCGCCGCUAGCCCUCAACGUUCAACCGGGUGAACGGGUGCUGGAUGCAUGUGCUGCACCAGGUGGAAAAUCAUUGCUGCUACUUCAAACCCUGCUUCCUGGGACGAUGGUAAUGAACGAUUCGCAGGAAAGUCGAUGCAAUCGCGUCCGGCAGCUGAUGCGGCAGUAUUUGUACGAUUUCGAUGAAAAGUGGAAAAAGAAGCGUUGCUUCAUCACCCAGGGAGAUGCGCGCAAUCUGCAAGAGUAUUCGAUGUACGACCGUGUUCUGGUGGACGUUCCUUGUACGAACGAUCGUCACUCGGUGAUGGAGAACGAUAAUAACAUAUUCAAACCAUCGCGCGUCAAGGAGCGUUUGCGGUUACCGGAGGUCCAGGCGAGCAUAUUAAGCAAUUGUUUGAAAUUGUUGCGACCGGGAGGAGCGUUGGUGUAUUCUACGUGCAGUUUAAGUCCGGUACAGAACGACGGUGUCGUACAUAUGGCCUUAAGCAACGUUUUUAGUGAUGCAGGAUUAACCGUUACGAUCAAGGAUCUUAGUCAGGCAAUUCAACCACUGAAGGAUAUCUUCAAAUUCGCCCACCCAUCAACACUCAAAUACGGUCAGCUGGUGCUCCCUUUCCUGCCAGCCAACUUUGGACCGAUGUACAUCUGCAAAAUGGUUCGAAAUGAGUAAUG